UUUCGCCAUUGUUUGUCUAUCGCGAGAAUAUGUUUUGUGAUCGAUCCAAGAAGUGUCUUGGAUACUUUUGUACAGAUGGAAUCCUUUUUUAGUGGCGUGCGGAAUAGUUUAAGUGGUCGAGAGACUGCUAUCAAGCAGUCAUUGAUAGCGUCUCUGUCGGAGAAUGCGCGCGAGAUUCAGUUUGAAUAUGCUGAAAACAAUUGUGAAUUGCUGGAACUCACGGAGAGCACAAACUCCUUCUGCACAACAAUCGAGGCGAUUUUCCUGCAUGGCAUCAAGGGAUCGUUCGUGAGGAAGACAAUAAGUGUGAUUGCCAAUGAAAUCAAUAGACGACCUGAACCCAAUUUCUGGCCAAUUCUGCUGAUCUUCACGCACAAGCAGUUCAUCGAUCAAAUCCAGUCGCUGACGCAGGUGAACAAGGACAUUGGCUACUGUCGCGCGUGGAUCAGGCUGCUGAUCAACGAUGGCCUGCUGUCGUCACACCUCAAGACCAUCCGGAAUGACUCGUCCGCCCUCAAUCCCUACUACAAUCGGCACGCCCUGCUGAAGGACAGCGACCGACUGGAGGUGGCCGAGAGGAUUCUCGAGGGUGUGGAGAGUUGCAUCAGAUUCCGCUUGCCAUUCAACUCUAGCCUGCUGAACCAGUGGACAGAUCAGCCACUGCAGAUGGCCGGCAUCUGGACGCCGCCGCUCAAAUCCUAUCCCAUCGCAUCUGGUGUGGACGUGGCCAGCUCUCUCGUCGACGAUCCGCCGCCGCCGCCGCCGCCGUCGGACUCGACGCCGCAGCCGAAGCCACUGUCCAUUGAUCAGGUGUACGAGGAUUCCAUCUCCAACUCCAUCUUCUCCACAUCCCCAAUGAAUCAUCCCAGAGCCGCUGACCUGACGGCCGACGAGAACUUCGACAUACUCAUGAGCAAAGUGUCCGACGGCGAGGAGGAGAUUGUGGCGGAGCGCACGGCGCGGAAGACGUCCGGGAAUGCUGUGGAUCAGAAGGAGGGCUGGUCGUCGGUGGACAAGGAGCAGUCGCGCAAUCUCAGCCGAUCGCAGUCAAUUGUCUCCACGCAAUCCACAUCCGCCGAUCGGCAGAGCUUCAACACACUGCUGGAGAAGCACGCCGGCCGGACAACCUACGCCACGACCUUCGAUCUGACCAACAUCUGGGAUCAGCUGGAAGCCCAGUACGCCGCGAAUGCCAACCGGACGCCCACGGAGAAGACGCCGUCGCAUGAGAGUGACGAGGAUCUGAGCUUCGAGAUGAUCGAUUCCCUGACGGAGAAGUUUGAGAUUGAGGAACUCAAGAGCCUGAUCAGUCAGACGUGCAUUCUUGCCCGCGAGAAGGGCCUGGACAGGCAGGGCUUCAUGUGCCAGGCCUGCUCCAGUCCCUUCGGCAUCGGCAUCACACCGCCACAGGCGUGCUCCUUCACUGGCCACUACUUCUGCGACACGUGCAUGAGUCAGGAUCUUCACGUGAUUCCCGCGAAGGUGAUUCACAACUGGGACUUUAGGCGCUUGCCAGUGAGUCAGAAGGUGUCCAAGUUCCUCUUUGAGUUCCAAUUGCAGCCAAUCAUCGACAUGAAGAUCAUCAAUCCGGGCAUUUACUCAGCAGUCAGCGAAAUGGCUGAACUGCAAUCGCUCAGGAUUCAGCUGAACUUCAUUCGAGCCUAUCUCUUCACGUGCAAUCGCGAGAUAAUGGACAAGUUCCAGGAGCAAGUGGUGGGCAAGACAUACCUCUACGAGCACAUCCAUCGAUACUCCAUCGGCGAUCUCACGCAGCAGGUGCCAAAGGGCAGCCUGAAGGUCCUCUUGCGGAAGGCAAUCCAAUUCGGCCAGGAGCACAUCCUCAAUUGCCGCCUGUGCAGCCAGAAGGGAUUCAUCUGUGAGGUGUGCAAGAGCCACAAAGUCCUCUAUCCCUUCAACAUUGACACCACAUUCCGCUGUGAAAUCUGUGGAGCUGUUUUCCACGACAGCUGCCUGAAUGCGCUGCAGCCGUGCCCGAAGUGCGACAGGAAGAAGAAAAGGGAGGACUUGCCGCUGCUGGACGCCCUGGAGUCCAUCCGGGAAGACUAGACGCCAUCGAAGACACCACGCUUGCUUGUGUUGAAAAUAGAUUUUACCGCUAAACACACUGAA